AUGGCGACGGCGACAGAACGCCCAUUCGUCCUCCCCGGCGAGGCAAUCGACCCCUCCCUAAUCCCAACUCACCCAAAACGGCCACUCCGCCUCGGUCCCGGCCUGCGACACAUUCCGCCCGCCGAGAUCGUGCCCACCGUCGCCGGCAAGCUAGUAGUCAACCCCGCCAAGCCAUCGCUGUCGCUUGACUACAAUGGAGGUCGCUACGUCCCAGAACCCAAUGACCUCGUUAUAGGCCAGGUCCACCACUCGUCGGCCGACUUCCACUUCGUCAGCCUGGCGCCACACACCACCAAUGCCCUGCUACCCGUCUUGGCCUUCGAGGGCGCGACGCGCAAGACCCGUCCCGUCCUGCCCGCCGGCAGCCUGGUGUACGCGCGCGUCGCCUCCGCCAGCCGCCACAUGGAUGCCGAACUCGAAUGCGUCUCGCAGACGACCGGCAAGGCGGACGGUCUGGGGCCGCUGAACCCGCCUGCUGCUGCGGCACCCGGCGCGGGGGCGGCCGCUGCUGCCGCAUCUACGGGAACCGUCUUCAACGUCAGCCUCGGCUUGGCCAGGAGACUGCUCAUGCCACAAGCCGAGAGGGAUGCCGGGCUGGUUGUGCUCGAUGCGCUCGCCGCCGAGGGUCUUGCAUUUGAGACGGCCGUCGGGAGGAAUGGAAAGGUCUGGGUCGCGAGUGAGAGCGUCCCGACGCUGGUGCUCGUCGGUCGUGCGCUAGCCGAAGUGGACGAGAAGGGGUUGGACAUUGACGCGCAAAGACGGCUCGUCAAGAAGCUGGUAAAGGAGAUGAGCUGA